AUGGCAGGAAGCGAGGAGUGGAGAAAAAACGCGGACACGCACAAGAUGAGCCCUGAGGAGGUAAAGAGGGCCGGGGUGGAGGCAUCCAAACGGCCACCGGGCAGUGGCCCUGGCGGUGUCCUCCACCAGCGCCGCCAGAUGCCUUACAGGCUCGCAACCAUGGCAUUAAUGGGCUCCGCCGUCAUUGGGGCCUUGUGGUACUUCACUAUUUAUGUGAAGAAGAAGCCUGAGGCCACUGCCCUUGACGUGGCCAAGGUCUCGACGGGCGUGGCGCAGCCCGAGGACACGCGCCCCCGUAAGUAG